CUCUCGCUCGUCGGGUCUCUCUCUCUCUCUCUCUCGGUCUCUCUCUCACACUCCCGGUAGCACAGCCGGCGAGCAUUUCUGUGAGAGCUAUCGUUCCGAGAGCAAGCAAGCAAGCAAAGCUCGGAGAACCAGCUGAAUCCGGCCGGCAAUGUUCUCGCUGGAUAAUUAAAUAGUGCUCUUCCGCAUGGAUUUGGAUACCUUUAUUGGAUACUAGAAGCAACGUUUUCGCUGACCGUCAACUGACGAAAUGCAGCAACACCAGCAGUGCUCGCGGCUCAAGCUGCAGGACCUCAAUUCGCACCUCGUUUGCGACUUGUGCAAGGGCUACCUCAUCGACGCCACCACGAUCGUCGAAUGCCUGCACACCUUCUGCAGAAGUUGUCUGGUGCGACACAUCGACCGCCAAGCCGCGUGCCCCACCUGUGAUGCGCCUCUUCCAAAGGCCAAGCCGUUCCUGCACAUCAGAUCUGAUAAGACGCUGCAAGAUAUUGUGUACAAACUCGUUCCCGGCCUCUACCACGCCGAGAUGCAGAGAAGGCGCGACUUCUACGCCAAACACCCUGAUGAAGUGUGGAGAACAAGCCCAGAAGAACGAGGAACUACGAAGGAACGUCUCAUUUUCUCGCCUCAAGACCAAUUCUCGCUGUCGCUCGAGUACUUAAAAUCUCCGAGCGAGUGUCGCAACGACGACUGGGAAACUGGCUCGACCCGCAGCACCACCAGUAGCCACGAGAGCAGUAGCGAGGGAGCCACUGGCAGGAGGUAUCUGCAGUGUCCGGCCCUUUUCACCGUCAACCUGCUGAAGAAGUUCCUCAGAUCGAAAUUCGGCUUGAAGCCCGACCACAAGGUGGACGUGAUUCACCGCAAAGUAUGCCUUCCAGAUGAUUAUACAAUCAUGGACGUGGCUUACAUUUAUUCGUGGAGACAGGCGUCGCCGAUGCGCUUUUCCUACUGCUUCUACCACGAGCCCGCGUUGCAACACGCUCCUCCGCGGCGGCAGCUGCAGCAGCAGCAACAACAGCUAGUGACAGUCGCGGAGGAAACCGAGCCUGCCCCCAAAGAGUCCAAAGAGGGAUCUUCCGCCGAAGCUCCUUCUGCGGUGGCCAAACCCGAAGCUGCGGACAGUAAGGUUGAGCCCGAAAAGAAGGUAGAUCAAACCGAAGAGGUUGUUGUUGCCCCUAAAAGUAAAGAACACGUAGGCAUGGUGGUCACUCAAAACGAGGACGAACACCCUGUCAUCUCCAUCCCCUCGCCGCUUCCAUCCUCUGAGUCCACGCCCGAAAUGGACUUGCUAGACAUAAUCGAUAAGAAUAUCAAAGAAGAGACUGCACUUGCCAAUAACAAUAACAAUGAGCCUGUACAUACGCCAGAAGAGGUCAAGGAGCGACCAAAGAGCCCACCUAGAGAAGCUCCUGCUCGCGAUAAAACCCCUCCUCCUCCUCCUCCACGCAGCCUGAGCGUUUCGGUUACUAAGCCGACCACUUCUACCCCAACGCCGAAUUCGCCGGUUUCCCCUGUACUUACUUCCCCCUCAAAGUCCAAAAUGCGCGCUCCUGGCAGCGGCAUUUUGUCCAUUGCCUCUGAACUUGCGCGGAAGAAGCAGCAGCAGCAGCAGAUGGAACGAGAGAUGAGCAAGACUUCUCCUCAAGGGCUACAAACCCCUGUCCCGCCUUCAAAUCCAGUCGUACCUUCUACCAGGUUGGGCUCCGGUAAGUCGUCCCUGGAGAUCAAACUCGUACCUUCCAAUGCCGCCAACAAAUUAAGCGUACCCUCGAAAGCCGAGCUGUCGAAGCCGCAGACCUCCAUUACCCUCAAGUCCAACGUGGACAAGGAAAAGUCCAAGCUGGCGCAGCCCAAGGUCGAAACGGUGAUUUCGAAACAACCACACUCGGCCAGGACGUGUCCCAAGGCUCCGCAGAAGAGGCCAAACCAGCCUUUCAAAUUCCACAACUACGACAACAGCAACUUGAAAGUGGCCAAAGACGACGGGGCAAAGAAGGCCAAGUUGGAGGAGAAAUGCACCCCCACCUCUCCUGCCAAAUCCAACCCGAAGCUGUACCAUUCGGCGACCAUAUCCCCGUUCGCCCCUGUCCACAGACCUCAAACCCAUCCUGUAAGCAUCCCCCCGUCGUUGAAGCCCCAGAGACCCUCAUCCCUGUCCUCCGCCUCCUCUCCCUCUCCUUCCCCUCCUUCCAACGAAUCAAAACCCUACAUGCCCCCAUCCGUAUACCCCAAGAAGUCCCCCACGCAAGAGCCCCAGCUCUCACAUACAACUCUCUUAUACAACCACCUUCUAGCCAGUGUAGGUACGAACCCCAAUCAGGCGGCCAUGAACCUUUUCAUGAGGCAGCAACUCGAGUACCACGCACGACUUUAUCAGCAGGCUGAGUGGGGCUACCCGCACUUCAACGUGCACCAGUCGGCGACGGCUAACACGUUCAAACGGCUGAGCGAAGACUACAUGCGGUCCUUCUAUCACUUAGGGAUGGGGGCAACCCCUUCCGCUAGCACCCCUCCCUCGCCCUUCUCCACGAUCAGCUCCAGCGGACACGCAAAGUGACUACCCAUGUGUUAUAAUAAAAGUUGUUUCUAGGAGUUGGUUGACUCGUAAACUUAUUCAAUUAAUUAUUAUUACUGUCAACGUUCUAUAAAAUCAGCGGGUGUCAGACGUGCGAUAAAAUUGGUUCGCACUGCGCAGAUCCAAGAUGACGUCUAAUUGUGGGAAACAAAAAGCUCUCUUUGGACUCUUGUACGAGUUUCGAGAGUUUGUUUUUACCAUCCAAGAGACACAAUUAGUUCAAGUAAUGCAAAUUGUGUCACAAUAUGGACGAAAACUUGCUUCUUUCCGCGCAUUUUCACGUGACCGUUUUUUUCGAGCCAUACUCCACCGGACGCCAUAUCUGCGCGUCGCACGAAUCUGUCCCCCGCUGUAUAAAAAUUCUGUGAUGAGACUUGCUUGUCUUUGAAUGCUUGACAUUACAAGGUGUUUUGUAACCAGAACUGUAUUAAAUGUAAAUAAACCGUGUCAAGAUUUUUCUGUUUUACUAAAUAUUUUUGCAUGUGUAGCCCAAUAAAUAAAUUUGGGAAUGUAAACGUCUAAACUUUUUCAUCAUCAUUUAUGCGGAUACGUAUCAAUUGUAACGAGCAACAAAUAAAAUAAAUCAAAUAACGCAAACA